AUGGCUCCGCCCGGCGGCUUUCCGUUCAGCCCACACCUGAUUUUCCAGGUUCUGGUCUUGGGAGCCGUCACCAUGUUCUCCAGUCGCGCCUCAGCAGCUGUACCUGCCGACCAUGGGCCGGGAGGAACCGCGCCGGUGCGGCCAUUCCGCCUCGACCAAGUGUCGCUCGGCAAUGGCUUGUUCCAAGAGAAGCGCGACCGUCUCAAGUCAUUCAUCGAAGAAUACGACGAGCGUCGCUUUCUGGUCCUUUUCAACAACCAAGCCGGCCGGCCGAACCCCGACGGGGUGGAAGUGCCUGGCGGAUGGGAGGACGGUGGGCUGCUCAGCGGGCAUUGGACUGGUCACUACAUGACUGCCCUGUCCCAGGCAUAUGCCGACAAGGGCGAGCACAUCUUCAAAGACAAACUCGACUGGAUGGUCAAGGAACUUGCCGCCUGUCAAAAGGCCAUCAACGCCCGGAUGGGGGACGGCGCCCCUGAAGGCUCCGGAGACGCCGCCUGGGUCCCCACGCAUCCGGGCUACCUAGGCGCGCUCCCAGAGGACACGGUCCUCCGACUCGGUCCGCCGCGCUGGGCAGUGUACGGAAGCAGCCUCACCAACAACACGUGGGCACCGUGGUACACGCAGCACAAGAUCAUGCGCGGGUUGUUGGACUCGUACUACAACACAAACAACUCCCAAGCCCUCGAUGUUGUUAAGAAGAUGGCCGACUGGGCGUAUCUGGCGCUGACCAUCGGCGACAAGAACAACCCCAAGUAUACUGGCAACCUGACUAGGGACGACCUGAACUACAUGUGGGACCUCUAUAUCGCCGGCGAGUUUGGCGGCGCCAACGAAGUGUUUCCGGAGGUCUACGAGCUGACCGGUGACGCGAAGCACCUGGAGACGGCAAAGGCAUUCGAUAACAGGGAGUCGCUUUUCGGCGCCGCCGUGGACAACCGAGACAUCCUCGUCGUGGCGCCGGAUCACAUACCGGGUCGCCGCCGCCAGGCGCGCCUGCACGCCAACACUCACGUCCCGCAGUUCAUCGGCUACAUGAGCGUCUACGAGCACAGCGGGGAGCAAGAGUACUUUGACGCGGCCAAAAACUUUUACAGCUGGGUGAUGCCGCAUCGCAGGUUCGCGCACGGCGGCAUCGGCGGCAACUACCCCGGGUCCAACGACAACCCCGAGCUGUUCCAGAACCGAGAUAAUAUUGCCAACGCCAUAGCGCAUAACGGCGCCGAGACGUGUACGACGUACAACCUGCUCAAGCUGGCGCGCUACCUCUUUCUUCACGAGCACGAUGCCACAUACAUGGACAACUACGAGCGCGGGCUGCUCAACAUGAUUGCUGGGUCUCGCGCGGACACAUCCAACAACAGCGAUCCGCAGGUCACCUACUUCCAGCCGCUCACUCCCGGCACCGUCCGGGACUUUGGCAACACGGGUACCUGCUGCGGUGGCACCGGGAUGGAGAGCCACACCAAGUACCAAGAGACGGUUUACUUCCGCUCGGCAGACGGAUCCGCCCUAUGGGUCAACCUGUACAUUCCGUCCACGCUCAACUGGGCAGCCAGGGGCUCCAAGGUCAAGCAAGAGACAACCUUUCCGCGUGCAGAUACGGCCAAGUUCACCAUCGACGGACAAGGCCCGCUCGAUCUCAAGCUGCGAGUGCCGGGUUGGGUGCGAAAGGGCUUCAAGGUCACCAUAAACGGACACGCGAUCCCCGGCGCAGAAGCGAAGCCUGGUUCGUACCUCACCUUGAGUCGGACCUGGAAGCGCUGCGACGUGGUCGAAGUGAAAAUGCCAUUUACCAUACGGGCCGAGCGCGCUCUGGAUCGUCCGGACACGGAGUCGCUCAUGUGGGGACCAGUCGUGCUGCAAAUUAUUGGCAAUGCCACCACGGAGAGCGGAUAUCACGAGCUGUCCCUCUACCGUUACCUGAAGCGCGAUGGGGAUUACUCCCGGGCCGCCGUGAAGCAACACGGGACAACCUCGACUGGCGACCCGCUCUUCAAGACAACCGACGGCCUUCUUGUGCGCCCGUACUACAUUGGAGACCAGAGUGCAACCUCAUCCUACUUUCGCCGGGUUGAACCAGACGUUGUCUUUGGCACUAUCAAUACUAAAGUGCCGAAUCGCAAGCGCAAUGACCACUUGCCAAAUUAUGAUGUACCGGUUGAGGGGGUCACGUCGCCGGGAACGGAUGGGCCGACCUUUCUCGACGUGGUGUGGGAUCAGGCGCCCUUUGCGACACACGCCGCAUUUAUACAUGCAGUCACCUCUACGGCAAACGCGUUCGUGAAAGAUGGGACUUACACUUCCAAGGAGCGGGAUAUAAUCAUCAAGAAAGCUCAGGCGGCAGAAAAGGAACUUAGUCCGUAA